UGAGUUUAAAAAGGGAAAAGUUGUUACCAGAAGCUCGUGUGAUGAAAACAAAAACUGGUUGAGGCACCACGCUCUGGUCAUAUGAUUUACCUAGAUCAUGUGGUACUGCAUGAGUUAGCUGUUCGCCUUUCAGAUAGCUUGCUGUUUUAGUGUGCACCUGUUUAUAUCUAGGUUGUUGUUCCUGGGUUAGACGCGAUGGUCUCCUUAAAAUGUACGGCCAUGAGUCAAGCUCUCGUGUCAGCAGUGAUCGCUGUGCUUUUCGCCAGCUGCAGAUGUCAAUAUGAGCCUACCUGGGAAUCUAUUGACUCCCGACCUUUGCCGGCAUGGUUUGAUCAAGCCAAAUUCGGCAUCUUCGUUCACUGGGGUGUAUUUUCAGUUCCCAGCUUUGGCAGUGAAUGGUUUUGGUGGUACUGGAAAGGCCAGAAAAUGAAGGCCUAUGUUGACUUCAUGGAGCGGAACUAUCCCCCCGAAUUUCAGUACCAAGAUUUCGCACCUCAGUUCACCGCAGAGUUCUUUGACGCCAAACAGUGGGCGGAGAUCUUCGCCGCGUCGGGGGCCAAGUACGUGGUCCUCACGACAAAGCACCAUGAAGGUUUCACUCUGUGGGGCUCCAAGUAUUCCUGGAACUGGAACGCAGUAGAUGUCGGGCCUAAGAGGGACCUGGUGGGGGAAGUGGCCGACGCCCUGCGGGCACAGGGCGACCUCCGGCUGGGGCUCUACCACUCCCUCUUUGAGUGGUUCCACCCCCUCUUCGUGCAGGACGCCGCCAACGUCUUCACCACCAACCAGUUCCCCACCACCAAGACCCUGCCCGAGCUCUACGAGAUCGUCACCAAGUACAAGCCGGAGGUGCUGUGGUCCGACGGGGAUGGGAACGCCCCUGACAAAUACUGGAACAGCACAGGCUUCCUGGCCUGGCUCUACAAUGACAGCCCGGUGCGCGACACGGUGGUGACGAACGACCGCUGGGGGUACGGCAGCAUCUGCAAACACGGCGGCUACUACACCUGCUCCGACCGCUACAACCCCGGCCACCUGCUGCCGCACAAGUGGGAGAACUGCAUGACCAUCGACCAGAAGUCCUGGGGCUACAGGCGGGACGCAGAGCUGAAGGACUACCUGACCAUCGAGCAGCUGCUGGCGACGCUGGUGGAGACGGUGUCCUGCGGGGGGAACCUGCUGAUGAACGUGGGCCCCACCCACGACGGCCGCAUCGCCCCCAUCUUCGAGGAGCGGCUCAGACAGGUGGGCCAGUGGCUGGGGGUAAAUGGGGAGGCCAUCUACAACAGCAGCGCCUGGAGGGCCCAGAACGACAGCGUCACGCCUGGGAUCUGGUACACAUGGAAGCCAAAAGAAAACGUCAUUUACGCAGUUUUCCUGCAGUGGCCUAGCAGUGGAUAUGUAGCUCUGAACGAACCCGUGGUGUCGCAGCAGAAGACUGUGGUGGCGCUCCUUGGUUACUCGAAGCCCCUGGACUGGCAGCCUUUGAAGCCCGCUGGUCUGAAGGUGUCCCUGCCCCCGUUGUCCUAUGGGCAAAUGCCCUGCUCCUGGGCCUGGACUCUCCGACUGACUGGAGCAGCAUAGGGACAAGGAAGGCACACAUUGACCAGCACCUUUCUCAUAGGAAUAUAUAUAUUUUUUUCAGGGAGACAAGCUUGAAACCAACUGAUCAUAUCAUGUGUCUUACUGUGGUAUCGUGUCGUAUGAUUUAAUUGCUUGAAGAGUUUUAUAAGUGUUUUUUUUGUUUAGAAAUGAAUUCGUCUGAAUCACCUGGCUAGAAAAUAAUUGGGAGGGAAGGUAAUGUAGGCCUGUUGCAUGUGGAACUCAAACUCUCCAUCUCAAAGCUGCAGAGAAUGAAGGCCAGCUGCUGUUUUGAUUGCUUGAGGGAUGGAUGGGCGGGGCAUAGCAUAUUUACCAAUCAUAAAACAGAGCACAGAACAUGCUCUGAACCAGGUUAUACCUCAUUAAUGUUUUCUCUGAUUGCUGUCCCGUCAUCAAAGUCAUGCUAGCAGUAAUGGUGAUGCAUUAUUUAAUCACCAUUAUCCUGAUUGCACACUUUCUGUGUGCAGGCUAACGAUUAUGCAAUCAAAGUUAAUCACUUGUAUAUUCACACUGUAAGCCUAUUUAUACUGACAGAAACACAUUUACAUUUUAAUACUUUUCUACCUAAGUAUGAGUGUUUUGUGAAACAGAAAAUGCAGUGCAUUGCUAGUAGUAGCCAAACUAUUUCAGGAGUAGCCAGAAAGGGUUUGAAGUCAUUUAGAAAUGAAUACAUUUUUGAAAUGUGCUUAUGGUAUGUUUUGAAUUUGUAUCAGGUUUUAACAAUGUUAUACACAGAACCUCUUCACUGCCCAACUAAAGUGCUAUGCCAAACAAUCAAAAAGGAAAUGUGUGUGUAGCUUCAUGCUGGCUAUCUGGUUGUUAUUUGUUUAAAAAACAAGUAGAUGUACUAUAGCAAUAUGAAUAGGCCUUUAAAAUACAGUGUGACCACAAAUUUUGCAAAUAUCAAACACCUUUGCUAGUCAUAGUUGAGGUCUUGCACAGAAUAUGUGGCUGGCCAAAAACUGUGGAAGUUCUUUUGAUAAAGUCGCAGGUAACUCUCAUGGAACCCUUCCCUUCAUUUGAUUUACAAUAUAGUAUAUCGUUUGGGAUUGUCUGUUAUAUAGUAUAGCAUAGUAUAUUUUAUACUGUGUCCAUGCAUUAGACCAGUUUUCUAUAUCCAGUGAUACCUGAGUGGAGAAAUUGAACAUAUAUUUUUAGGACCAAGAUUUUCUAUGUAGUCUUUUUUUUUUUGAAUUGUGAAUGUUUUUAAUUUUUGCUUUUUCAAUGUAUACAGUGAUCAUCUAACAGCACUUUAAUGAAUUGUUGUGAUGUGAGACAUGCAAAUAUUUCUGUUAAAAUGUGAAAGAA